CUGGUCUCGGCGAUCGACACUGAUAGCCUGCGCUACGCGGAAGUAGUUUGGAAUGAACCGUUGUUUACUCCGGUUUUUAAGUGGAUUUGAGAGAUAUUUUGGAGCUCCUCGGAGACUUUUGGAUGGCGGUGGAUGUGUUUAAGUCUCACACACUGCGCUGUGGAGCGUGAGAAACACGAGGGAAGUCACUCCAGCACUGAUUGAACGGAUACCUGUGAGCGACUGUGAUGAUGCAGGCCAGCAGUCAGGAGGCUCCGCCCACCGCAGGAGAGCGGACAGAGUCGAGCCGGAUGUCCAGUAAAGACACAUCAUCCCUGGACAGCACGUCUGACCUGGGUGGCUCUCGAACCGUGACCUUUGACCUAUUCAGUAUGGUGGUCUCCUACAAGCGCAUGGCCAUCUUCCUGGAACCGGUCACUGAUGUGGUGGAGGUGCUGCGCUACUUACUAGGGUGGAGAAUGCCUUUGUGUUCUCUCUUCUGCUGCAUCCUACUGAACGUCCUCUUCAUCACACUGAGUGAAGUGGUCUGGUUCUCUCUCCUCCUGAUGGCAGUCUCUGUCCCUGCUGUGCUGGGUUACCUUGGUGACUGUUGCCAGGGCGAUGCCAGCGACACGGCCGUGGAGAAAAAGAGACACCACGCAGUGCAGCGCAGAGAGCUGCAGACCGUCUGCAUGAGCCGCCAGGAAGCCAUGAUGGAGGUUAAGGGCCUAUUAAAGCGGCUGGAUGAGUUCCUGACUCAGGCGUGUUUGUACACAGAGUCUGUGUAUAAGGUCUUGUACUGGGAGAGUCACACAGCCUCUUCUGCGUUUUACGGCUUCCUCCUGAUGACGGUGUGCUUGAUGUACAUGGCUCCUGUGGGCUGGAGUCUGUCUCUCAUCAACAGCACCCUCUUCAUCUGGAACAAAGACUUCUGCAGGGUUGUGUUGCAGCUGAAGGACUUGUUCCGCUCGUCUCCGGUCCAGCCUGCAGAAGGAGAGACAGAAAAGAGCGACCCAGACCCAAGCCACCUGUCAGACCGAACCCCUACUCCCACCAGCCUGGAGGAUCUUUCACCAGGAAGUGUGGAGGAAGCCGAGGAGGCGGAGCCUGACGAUGAGUUUAGGGACGCCAUAGAGGAGAACCAGCUGGUCCUGCAGGUGUGGCCUGCAGUCUAUGGGCUGACCAAAGCCCUGUGGAGACGAAUUAUUCAUAAGGAUGAGGAGGAUGUGUCGGUGGGCGGAGCUGAUUACGACUCCGUGUCUGAUAACGGUUUAUUGAGCAGGAACGAGCCGAUACGCAGCCGUGUGUCCAAGCUCACCGAGAAACUCCGCAAGCGUGUGCCCACCAACCCCACUGGUAACUGUUCCAGCUGUGCCGCAGCGUUCUCUGUGUUAAAGAAGAGGCGUUCCUGCUCUAACUGUGGUGUGAGUUUGUGUUCUCGCUGCUGCUCCUACAAAGUGUUCAAGUCCAGUAUGGGAGCUACAGCUCCAGAGGCUCAGAGAGAGACUGUGUUCGUGUGCGCUCCGUGCAACAACUUUCUAAGUGUGAAGUAGCCAUCCCAUAAUACUCCAUUCCAGCACAUUCUGGGCGUGUGGGUGGAGCUGUGCGUUUUCUCGUCAGGUUCUCGUCUCAUAGUCGUGCUGCACUGCAGCUGGGAAUCCUGCUUCCUGCCUGGUGUCUCCCUCCUUCCCCGUGCUUCCUGUCCGGUGUUCCUGUUUUCUGCUCGACGGUGAAUCGGCCCAGUCGGGAGUGAAGCUCAGUCUGAGACCUAAAUCAUAUCAGAUAUGUGGUGAUGGAGCUGCUGUAGCUAUUCCUGAUAUUCCUGGGGCUUUUUCAUUUGGCAGGUCAUGUGACCUCAACGUCAUCCUGCUCUGCACGUCUAAAUCUGUCGCUUAUUUUUAAAAAUAAUCACCUGAUACAUCCGUCGCCAUAGCGACGUGUUCCAGAAUCCUCGCUUGCGUGUCUUCCUUUGACAUCCGCUUCUAAAGAAAAUGAUCAGUUGCUCCGUCUCAGAGAGGCGACCAAUCGGGUCGAUGUCAGAAGGAGCCGAUCUGUCGCCUCUCUGAGACCGUGUCCAGGAAUCGGUCAGGCUCUGAAAGGUCAUGAACACUACCCAACCCCCCACCCCCGCCCAACACACACACACAAACACACACACUACCACCACCGUUCUGACAUCAUCUGUCGGAAUACUCUGUGGUGUUAAAGACACGUCCUGACGAUCUACCAGUCUGAGAGCCACCAUUACAUCAUGACUCCUCAGAAUUUUAUAAUAUUAAUAAUAAUAAUAACCCACAUUGUGAGUUCUUCUGACCUGGAGAACAUAUUUUACCCUCCGAAACUCUCAAAUCCUUUCAUUUCUGUAGACGCUGAAACUUCAACGGCAGGACAAGCCCCGGCUGAUUUUAGUUCUUUAUUCUGAUUGUGUCACUGCUCAAUUUAUAUAUCUCUCUCUCUCUCCCAGAGUUUCAACGUCGAUGGUUCGUAUAUCAAAUACUCUGAAAACAUAUGCUGAAAGUCAGUGGCUGGUUUGCAGUUAUUGUUGUCAUUGUUGUUGCUACGGCGAUAAAAAUAACCCCGCCCAUUUCCAUUCCUUCGGUGAGAACAGUUCCUUCACCCUUCUGUCGGCAAAAAGGUGUUCGAUUCUGACGGCUAGAGAUUUCCUUAUUUAUUUAUGUAUGUAAAUCUGCUUUAUCUCAAGAAUAUCUGGAGGUGUUUAUUUUCUUUUGCUAUUUGAGCACAUCUGUGUCACUGCAAGACGUCACGUCACCACGCCCACCGUUUACUUGCUGUAGUUUUCUUUUAUUUUUAUCAUCUUAAUCAAGCGCUCACAGGAUCGGCUGUCAAUCGUUCUCACGGCCCCCGUGAAGGUGACGACUCGUCAGACUGCCUUCAUCUAACGGUUUCCUCUGCCUCAAGGAUUUCCAAUCUGGUUUCUUCUUCUUCUUGUUGUUCAUAUCACUCUUUUAUUCAGACGUAUGGAAAAGGGGUUGAAAGAGAGACAGAUGACUGCGGUUCUGUUUUCUCCUUUAUCGUGCUUGAUUUUAUCGUUUUUUUUUAAAGAUGAACUGAAUGUAAGAUGUUUCUAUAUUUUAACUGUAUGAUCUCUGUACUGUAAGAUUUCUGUAUUAAAGCUGACUCGGUCACAGCCUGGAGCUCCAGUUCAAUAAAACGCAGCUAGAGAAAUAA